ACAUUUUCUUUCACAGUUUCUUUCACAUUUUCCUCUGAUUUCUCUUCCUUUUGAUUUGUUUUCUCUUUCUUUAUUUGCUUCUUUUUCCCUUUCUUAAUUUCUUGCGACAUUUUCCAAUAUGUUCAAGAAACUUACUGUAACGACAUUUUACUGGAAGCCCACACGCAUGUCAUACGAAAAAUCAACAUUCUGUUUUACACUAUACAUCAUAAUCUACAAUUCACACAUACUAGAUAUCAAUGACCUAGCAUUUCAGAAAGUAUUAAUGAAAUAAUAAAUAGUGAUAUUUAAAAUACAAAUGAACAUUCAUGGGUAAUUCAAAUAACAUCGAUUCAAAUAAUAUAAUAUGAAAAUAUGGAUUUCUGACACUGAGCAAUCGUCGUGACUCCUGUCGCGAAUUGAAAAGCUUGGCUGACACGUACAAAACCUGGCCGAAAUUUCAACGGCUUUCAACGGCGACUAAGGAAUGAAUUCGAGGGGAUUGGCGUUCGAAGAACCUCCGGUAGUUCAAGUUUCAGUUAGUACCCGUAACCAUGACUACACAGCAAAGCAUGGCCGCUCGAUUAACAGUUUGCAAGCGAACGUUGCGCAGAAAGGUACAUAAUCAAGUACGUGGAAUGCUGGCGAUUCACGACGCGAUCAACUCUUGAAUUAGUAUAAUGUACAGGCAGGAUCUUGGUAGUCGAGCCAGCUGAGGAGCUGAAGGACUUGCAAAUAUCCCGAAGCGGCUCACACCGAUGAAGAUGAACCGAUACAUAACGUUGAACCAGCUGGGCGACGGAACGUUUGGUUCCGUCGUUCUUGGCGAACGCAUCGAUACGGGGGAGAAAGUAGCCAUAAAAAGGAUGAAGAGGAAGUACUAUUCCUGGGAGGAGGCUAUGAACCUGCGAGAAGUUAAAUCGUUGAAGAAACUCAGCCACGCGAACGUGGUGAAGCUGAAAGAAGUGAUACGGGAGAACGAUGUACUUUACUUCGUCUUCGAGUACAUGAAGGAAAAUCUAUACCAAUUGAUGAAGGACAGGGACAAAUUGUUUCCGGAACCAGUGAUCAGAAAUAUAGUUUACCAAGUGCUGCAGGGGCUAGCCUUUAUGCAUAAACACGGGUUCUUCCAUCGCGACAUGAAACCAGAAAAUUUAUUAUGCAUGGGACCGGAACUGGUGAAGAUCGCCGAUUUCGGGCUGGCUAGGGAAAUUCGAUCGAGGCCACCCUACACGGACUACGUAUCCACGCGAUGGUAUAGAGCGCCAGAAGUAUUGCUCCACUCGACUACUUAUAAUAGCCCAAUCGACAUUUGGGCAGUGGGCUGUAUCAUGGCUGAAUUGUACACAUUUCGACCGUUAUUCCCCGGUAAAAGUGAAAUCGACGAGAUCUUUAAAAUUUGCUCCGUAAUCGGCACGCCUGAGAAGGACGAUUGGCCGGAAGGGUACCAAUUAGCUGCGGCUAUGAACUUUAAGUUUCCAAACUUCACACGCACGUCUCUGAAUGUUCUGAUACCAAAUGCCAGCCAGGAAGCGGUGAUAUUCAUGGAAGAUAUGUUGCAGUGGAAUCCUAUAAAGAGGCCUACAGCACAGCAGUCACUGAGGUAUCCCUAUUUUCAAGUCAAUGCUCCACGCCUGAUCAACAGUAAAAAGAUUGGUGUUGCAUCCCAUCGUGAUGUGAUACUAAAUAAAGUGAACCUUCCACCACCAGUAGAGAUCAGAGCUCAAGAAAAAAUGCAGUCUCAGCAACAACAACAACAGCAACAAUCGAUGUUACCAUUGCUGAAUCACAACAAUUAUGUUCGCGAAAAUAAUGCCCCUAAAUGGGAUGAGGAUGAUUUUGCUGAACUUCUGGGAAGCAAGAUCGUUCCCGAGAACGUGAAUGUAAAGCUUGCCCCAGAUCGAGUGUACAAAGAGAACCGUGCCAAUUGGAACGCCAAUUAUUUGCCAGAGAGUCUAACGCAAACCAACUGGACGUUACCGGCAUGGAAUGAACCAGCUGCUAUAAACUGGGAUCAAUCACAGUCUAGUCUGAAGAAUGGCAGAAAAGUGUCUGCAAAACAACACUACCUCAACGUGGCCCGGUACGUCGCUGGGCCCAGUACAAGCCUGUCGUCAAGAAAUGGUGAUUCUGACUCAAGCCGACCUAAGUUAAUAAGAAAUUUGGUUGCUCAACCCCUAGAGAAGUAUGAGCAAUUCACAGACUCUUUUUGGGUGCCCAGGAAUUCCAUUGAGAAUCAACCGAAACAGUAUUACCUUCCAAGAAAUCGUUACAUUACGGAUCAAACUUUGAGAUUGCCGUAUCCCAGUGUUUAUGGUACACAAAAUAUCAAAACCACAAACAAAGGAACACUUCAACCAGGAAUAUACGGAAAUGCGGUAAACGCAAAAGGUAACUUCAACUGUGAUAGAAUAAUAUUUGUCAUUUCAUUGCAUCAUAAAAGAGAUUUAAGUAAACGACACAAUGCUCUAAAUAUAGAAUUUUCAGGAAUGUAAUCACUUUAUUGAGUUUACUUUUUCAAGCUUUACAAGUGAUCACAUUUUCAGAUGAAACACUGUGGUAUUAUUUGUCGAGCAACCAAUAUUUUAGUAAUAUUUACUACUAUUCUUUUCUUUUUGAGUUGUCUAUUUGAUAUAAUGAAAAUUUUAUAAAAGCCAAUAACGACUAAACAAUAAUGAUUAAGAGUGUACUAUUUGAUUUAUAAAAAAUAUAGUAGUUGGAUAAGGUAUAUUAAAGGAAAUAUUAUAUGUAUAUACAUAUUUAUUAUUUGUACAUAUUAAUUAAUUGCGAUAUGGAGUAGUUUUUGAUACACAAAUGAUUAAUCUAAUUAAACAAUUACAACUACUCUUGUAUUCGUCAUUGAUUACAAUAUUUUCCUUGAAUACAUAUCAAGGAUUGUUCAGAAACUUACUCCAUAACGCAUCUGAUACAACGUUUGAAGAAAGGACACUAUGAUGAAAAAUAUGAUAUAAAAUGAAAUCAUUUUUCAUAUUUCCUACACAUAAUCUGUAAGAAGCAUUCUUAUAACUGUACAUUCAUAAUCAUAUACCUCACUCAUUUCAUUUGACUACCGUUUCUUUAGUCGUCUUAUAAACGAACUUCUUAACAUGUUUUUUUUGUAAUGGGUAUCACCCUUGGAAUAUUUUUUUUUAUAUAGUUUUGAUAGAUAUAUUUUGGAACUUAUACGUUUACAGUGUAAGUUAAAAAGUAAUAAAAAAUAUGCUGCUAUCGCAUAAGAAAUGACGAGAAAAAUAUCUCUCCCUACGACGCAUUUGUAAAUUUGAAUAAUUUCAUAAAAAUAUUUCAUCAAAGGAACAUGUCAUAAAAAAUUCAUUUAAAAAUUAUUAUUCACUCGCGAAAAUUUGUACACAUUAUAUCCCUGUCUCCAA